AUGCCAGCAACAACGUACGAUUACUUUUGGGAAUUGGCUUCUUUAGACUCUUCUAUUCGAAAAAAAGCUGCUAGCGAAUUAAUUACCCAUUUACAUGAAAAAUUUGAUAACACAAAAGCAAAUAUCGAUUCAACUGAUUUCAAUGAUUUUUCAAAGGUUACGGAGUUAAUGGAAAAACUAUUUGGACCCGAAAUUGCCUACUCAUUGAUUCGUCUAACAAGAGGUUUGGCAAGUCCACGUGCAGGCGCCAGACAAGGUUUUGCUUUGGCGCUGACAGAGCUUAUUGCAAAUCUAGAUCGCAUUACAUUUAAAAUUGUCAUUACACUCAUCGAUGAAGCAUGCCCUAUCUCUGCAUCUAAAGAUCAGGAAGGCCUUGAUGUCAUUUUUGGUCGUGUUUUCGGCUAUAUGGCUAUCGUUCGAUCAGGCCUUCUUUGGCGAAAAAGCUCAUCCGAAAGGGAUUAUUGCGAGACUAUCAACGGUUUACUUGCUUGUGCGAAGUGUAAACCGUACGUUAAAGAAGCCUGCUAUCAUGUUAUUAUUUCUAGUAUACCUCAGUUGAAGAUGGUACCUUUCGAAGAAAAGGCCAUAUCUCAUUUAAUAACAGUUUUGCAGGAUCAGAAUGCACAUGGAAUUAGGAAUCCUGAUGACGUUAAUUUAGCACUUACUAUCGAGGCACAAUAUCCGCAAUUCGUACAUAAUUCUCAGUGGAAGAAAGUUAUAUUGCACAGCUGUGAGAAUUGUGAACUUAAAUGGUCCGAUCCACAUAUUCUUCAUAAUGAUAAUUUGAUAAAGUUGUCUGAAGCUAUUCAGGCGAAAACAGGAAAUCUCAUCACUGAAACUCAACAAAAUUAUGAAAAUAGAAUUCAUUCUGUAUGGAGCACAAUAAUACAAUGGCUCAUAUCUCCUUCUGGAGAAAGUCACGAAGAGCAUACGGUCACAUUUGAGACAUUUUGGAAAGUGGUAGUGGAUGAAUGUCUUUUUCACGAGGAUGCUACACAUCACAGAAAAUACUGGGGAUUUCAAUUAUUCGAAAAAGCUCUAAUAUCAUUGCCGUCAGAAAAAAUAUCUUCAAUAUUUACUCCAAAUCUUUUACGAACGUUGAUGAAUAAUUUUCUUGAUAAAACACGAUACUUGCACGAAGCUGCCAUGCAUAUCCUGUCCGUCUUUGAACAAAUCGUAGGAGAAAAUAAAGAUAAAGCUUUAAUAAUAGUUAUACAGCUUUUAGGUCAUAGUUACAACAAAAAUUUCGAUGGAUUCUUUAAUACUAAAAUUAUUAAGAAAAUUUUUGGCACAAUGGAUAACGAAGCACUUGAGCAAUAUUUAUUACAUCUUAAAAAAAUAUUUUUGCAUCCGAAUGAAAUUCAUUUGAGUGAAAAUAGGUCAAUAGAACAUCAUCGCCAAUGGAUUAUAAAUCAUGUAUACACUCUUUUAAAGGAUCAUUAUAUAAAACGUCACGAAGGAUUUUUGAAAUCUGUUGAGUCGCGUCCCAAAACCUACAAUACACGUUCUUCAAAACGGUUGAAGCUCAACUCGGGAGCAUCGACAAAUAAUGUAAAAAUGGUCGAUAAUUCUGAAGAAACUCAUGUCUUGUUUGAAUCACCAAUACCAGAGCUCUCAGAUAAAACUCAAAAGUGCCUUCGGGAACGUUUCUUUCAUGCUCUUGGUGAAUUAUGUACUAUCCGUUCUUCAGAUAAAGAAAAGUCUAUCCAUCAAUUAAAUGGUACCAUGAAUGACGGUGUGUCAUGGUCAUAUUAUGCCGUAAACUUAAUGAAGAAGUAUUAUGGCGAUUCUCGAAUAGAGCCGUUGAUCGUUUUAAGUGAUGAAGCUCUACGAAUGAAAAAUGAUGUCAUUAUACUUUUACAACAAAUCACUAAUAAGGUAUUGAAUAAACCAUCAAAAAAUGAUUCUACAAAUACCUUACAAUACAAAGGUUUUAUAUUACUGUUCUCCUUUUCAAUUCUCGCGCUGUACAUUGAGCCAGACGAGUCCAUGGGCGCCCUAAAGGAUUUACGGAUUUGCUAUGAUAGAAUGUUUGAUAAAAAAAAGAAACCUUCCAAAAAAUUGAAAAAUGCGAGUGAAAGUGAUCAAAGUAUGCAUAAUCCUGCUGAUGUUAUUGUAGAUAUUCUACUUGGAUUUCUUGCAAAACCUUCUUCGUAUUUGCAUAAUAUGUCGGAACAAAUAUUUAAGAUCUUUUGCGGCAAUAUUACAAAAUCAUCAUUUGACGUAAUGAUUGAACCAGAAAUGCAAGAAUCGAAAACUCCAAGUUUGAAAACCGUAGAUAAAGGCAGUGAUGAUAAUGAAGAUGAUAUUUUAGAUAACCAAGAUGAAAUAAUGGGAGAAGUAGACUCUAAACUAAUGGCUUACUUUAAACAGCAAAAGCUAGAAAAGACAAAGAAAAAAGAUGCAAAAUACCAGAGAAUUCGGUUUAAGCAUAAAAUUAUUGGAUUGCUACGGGUCUUUGUUCUGUCCCAACCAACUAGUCCAUUGAUUUUUGAGCUAUUUGUUCCUUUGCUUGAACUUGCCAAGAAUGCGAAAACUGAUGAAAUUGCAAAAAGCGCAUUUUCUCUUGUAAGCACCAAAGUUAGCGUUAUAAAAGAGAUGCCCAGUCAAUUCGAUAGUGAUCGUGUACUCACUCUAUUGCAGCAAACUCAUAAUAUGGCUUUAAAAGCUUGCUCUUGCGACCUCGCAGCUUUGUGUUGGAAAUCUAGCACUUUUCUACUCAAAUCUCUGAUCAAUUAUCAUAAAGAUGACUUGAACUACGACUCUGAGAAUGAAUGCUUGAAUAAAGAUAUAAAAAAGGCCAUCAACAUUUAUGAGUCUACUUAUGAGAAAUGGAUUAAAAAGUCUGGCUGUUUACAUAUGAAAUCAUUUUCUGAGUUGCCAAAUCACAUACCUAAAAUUCCAUGGCAUCUAACGAAUAUUUUUCUUGGGUUUACUGAUCCAAAUAUUGCAAAGAAUCCAAAGAAAGUAACGAUCGCAUAUGAUAUUUCAGCAUCCAUUUUUAAUAAUGUUGCACCAAAAAAUAAUAAGGAGCCGAUAGAUGACAGUGUCAUGAAUGCACUUGUGCAGAGAUCACGAGAGUCUUUCAAAGUUACAAUUCAAUUUGUAUCUCAGGAUUUGCAAUGUGGAAAGAAAUAUUUUGAUUCUCAAACGUUAAAAUCAGUGAUGAAAUUUGCAAUUAUAACCAUGAAAAAAACAAGUGUUAACAUGCCGAAAGACAAGAUUAAAAGUAUGUGGGAUGCGGACCAUCUUCAGCCGUUAUUGAAAAAUAUCAAAGAGCUUCCAAGAUACAAGUCCUCGCAAAUGAUUGGAAAUUAUAUUAAUGAAAUAAUUCGUAUCAUUUCAUGA